AUGACCGCAUCCAACGCUGAGGCCACCGGGUCAUUUGCGUCCAUGGAAGACCCAUUCGUUGCGAAUUCCGGAAGGCCAGCUGCCCCUCGCGACUCCAAUCGCUUUGAUACACAGCUAUACAGCCUGAAUGCGUCUUCACCAGCACAGGCUAAACGAGCCCUCGAGGCCCACUUGGCAGAGACGGAGCGUCGACUGGAGGAGGCUUCAAGGCUAGGAACGGCCCUUAUCGAUCAGCAGCGACAGCUAUCCGAGCAGUUGAAGGAGGUCGAGCAGGAGCAAAAUGAGGGAGAGAUGGGCCCGGAACUGCGACGCAAACUUGCAGAUUUGGAGAAGGAGUAUAAUGAGAUCGGCCGUGAGUCGGCACGUGCAUUUUUGGCACCCAAACGCCUUGCCGGAGGCCAGGAAGAUGCCCAGCUUGUGACGCCAUCUUUCGAUCAAAAGUCACCCCUAAGCCCCGCUUUGUUUGCCAGUCAAGCCACAAAUUCCCCUAGCAAAGUCAGCGUUCCCUCUCGCAAGCAGCGCAACCAACCGUCAAACCGUGUCCACGAUAUCGAAUUUGCGACAGAGAUCUCGACUUCGCUUUUGGCACAGGUCCGCCAACUGCAAGGUCUUCUCGCCGAACGGGAUGAGACACUCAAGUUUGUUAAUCUGGAAAAGUCGCGACUUGAAUUGGAGGCAGAGGGGUAUGCACAAAGAAUCCGGGCACUCGAUGACAGCGAGCAACGUUACAAGGACGAAAACUGGGCGCUGGAAACUCAAGCGCAUGAGUUAAUGGCAGCUGCAAGGGAUGCCGCGGAACGUGAACAACGGCUCAACAGCACGAUAACCCUGUCAAAUUCGGAAAAAAGCGCCAUGGAACGAGAGCUGGAGGAGCAAAAGCAAGCCAAUGCGAGGUUACUCGAGGAUCACACCCUCACGCAAAAGGCCAAUGAUGCGGAAAUUCACUUAUUGAGGCGGAAUUUGACUUCUGGCGAUGCGGAAAAGUCCGCGCUCCAAAAGAAACUGAUGGAAAUGACGUCUCAAAAUCAAGAACUGGCUAAGGCAGUUGCCAUGAGGCUCCGGGACCAUGAAAACCAGGGCUCGAGGGAUAUUUCAUAUGAUAACGAGGGCGACGAGCCCCAGAAUAUCACACCUGAAAGCUCUCCGCCACCAUCCCCUAACAAGUUCACUCCUCGACAUGGCCAUCUUGAAUCGGAAACCUUGAAGAGCUCGCUCGGUCAUGCUCAUCGCAUGAUCCAGAACCUUAAGAGCACAAUUCACCGCGAGAAGACCGAAAAAAUUGAACUCAAGCGCAUGUUGCAAGAUGCUCGGGAUGAAGUUGAACAACGCCGCCGUGAGAGCACUGUGCCAAACGGAGCCAGCAAACGCCAGAAGACAAAGACAGAUUCGUCCCGAAAGCCUCCCCGUCCAGAUCUUUUGGGCGCAGGCCGCAAAGAGAAAUCGUUUGUUGAGCUCCAAGACACCGAUUGGGAAGACAAUGCCGGCCAAAUCAGUCCUACCCAGAUCCAAACCAAGGACAUGUAUACUAGGGGCCGCCCUCGCUCGGUCUCUCCCGAUGGACCUAGCGACGUCUACCAGACAGCUACCGAGGCGGAAGAUGGAUUUGAAACAGCGAAUGAGCGGGCAACCGCAACGGAGAGCGAAGCAUUCCAGACUGGCGUUGAAAGCAUGGCGGAUGACAGCAGUGAUUCGGCAGAUCUUACCGAGACGGAAAACAACCUACAGACAACUCCUCGCUGCCGAGUGCCUUCUUCCCUGGUCAUGGCUAAAGCUCGCGAUCGCACCUCAUAUAAUAGCACUGCCUCUGCAUCUUCCGAUGAGGAAGAAUAUGAUAGAGCGUUCGGUUCUCCGAGCCAAAUGAACACCUCCCGACCCCGUGUCAAGUCCAAACGCAGCAUCUCAAGACGCAUUCGUCCAUCUGGAGAGGCCACAUUCGCAUCGACCAGUCGACCUUCGAGUUCACGCGAAUCCGCCGCACCCAGCUUUGCGCCAGUGCCCCUCUUUGCCGAACUUGCAGAGUUCGACAGCGCCGAGGACGAUGAAGUAACCUCCCAGGCUUCGACGCCGCGCAUGGCAGCUGCGUCGGGUUCACGAAGACCCUCCGAUGCAGUGUUGGAUACACCACCACCCAAGCCCGCAAUGGUCGAUUCUGGUGUUAUGACUGAACCUUGGGGACACACGCCUUCUAUCAGCACUGGCAUUAUUGCUGGAGCUGCUGGUCUUGCUGCAGGAGCUGUUCUGCCGCAUGCUCUCGCUGCGCCCCAGGAUACCCAACCAGACCGGGAGAUCGCCGAGGAGGCGAAGGAAACACCUGAUCUACCAGAUAUGGGCAUGGCGGAUGUUUCUUCCCAAGAAACUACGCCCUCUACACCCAAGCGACCUGAUCUUAGUGUCUCAUACAUCGCCGGAGGGACCACUACACCUGUGAAGCAUGAGCUGCCCCCGCCGGAAGUGCCGGAAAUGACGAUAUCUUCAAUUUCAUCACAAACCACUAAUCCCAUUCAACCAACGGUUCUCAUACCUGAACCAAUCAUCAAGCAUGUCGAUGUUAUCAAAUACGUGGAACGCGAGCCGGAGGUGCCCGAGCUGACCUUCUCCUCCAUCACGACUCAAUCAACUUCCCCUCUUCAGGCAACAGUUGCUGUGCCGGAGCCUAUCGUCAAGUACGUCGACGUGAUCAAGCACGUUGAACGCGAGCCUGAAGUGCCAGAGUUGAGCUUCUCGUCUGUCGCUGCUCAGUCGACAGUACCUGUCCAGGCAAUCCAGGCAACUGUCCCUGAGCCAGAACCCGUCAUCAAAUACGUCGACGUAAUUAAACACGUCGAGCGCGAGCGCGAGAUCCCCGAAUUGACAUUCUCGUCCUUCAAUAAUCAAUCAACUGCCCCUGUCCAGGCAACGCUUGCUGUGCCAGAGCCUAUCGUCAAGUACGUCGACGUAAUCAAGCACGUCGAACGCGAGCUUGAGGUGCCCGAAUUGACCUUUUCUUCCAUCACCACUCAAACCACCGAGCCAGUCAAAGCAACUGUCCCUGAGCCGCAACCGCCUGUCAUUCAAUACGUUGAUGUCAUUAAGCACGUUGAACGUGAGCGUGAAGUGCCAGAGUCAAGUUUCUCUCUUAUCACCACUCAGUCCACUGCGCCUGUGCACGCAACUCUUGCUAAAGCGGCGCCGAUCAUCGAAUACGUUGACGUUAUCAAGCACGUUGAGCGCGAGCGCGAGGUGCCUGAGUUGACAUCUUCUUCCAUCAACAACCAUUCCACUGCCCCUGUACAGGCAACGAUCGCCAAAGCAGAGCCUGUGAUUGAAUACGUUGAUGUUAUCAAACACGUCGAGCGUGAGCUUGAGGUGCCCGAAUUGACAUUCUCUUCGAUCACCACUCAAUCCACUACGCCCGUCAAACCGACUGUUCCUGCACCAGAACCGCCUGUGAUUGAGUACGUUGAUGUUAUCAAGCACGUCGAGCGUGAGCGUGAGGUGCCCGAAUUGACAUUCUCCUCGAUCACCACCCAAACUACAGAACCGAUCAAAGCAACUGUACCUGAACCUGAACCACCUGUCAUUCAAUACGUCGAUGUGAUCAAACACGUUGAGCGUGAACGUGAGGUACCGAAUUUGACGAUCUCUAGCCUCGAUCCAGCAUACACGGAUCCUGUUGUUCCAAAGCCCCGCCUUGCGCCCACGCCGGCAUUGUCAUUCUCCACUGUGCGGUCUGUGGAGACUCAUCCAGCGAAGUCCAUGCCAUUUGUCAUCCCUACGGUGGCAGAUUUAUCUACUCAAACCGAGUCGACUGAGUCAAAGGCCGCAGGGCCCGCUGUGAUUGUCCACGAAGACCAACCUACGGACGCUAUUCGCAGCCGUACCAGUACAGCCAAUAGUGAUCAGCACGUUGGUACCGGACUGGCCUUGAACGAUAUAUCUGGCAACGCCCUUGCUCGCUCUGCUAGACGGCAAUCUAGUUCAGUGAGCAUGGACCAAGGAUCCCAGACUAUCCUGUCCUCCAAACAAAUAGAUCAAAUUCUUAUGGAUCGUGUGUCUGCACGCCCGCUAUCUUCCGAUAGCCAGGUGACUGACAACUCACGAGAGAUUGCCUCGGUCACUACAACUUCCGCAUCCCCUUACGUGACACCCAAGGCCCCGACACGACCUCGCCUUUCGCAAAUUCAGUCUGCCAAGUCAACAACUCCAAAUUCCCGCCGGCCUCCCAGUGCCGCCAGUCAGACGUCUGGUGCCAGUCAUCCCCCGCUGCCUGCCGAUCACCGGGAAGCUAUCCUGGCAGCCGAGAAGAGGCCCACCGACUUGGCUCCGCCAUCUCCUACCUCUGUCAUGGGGCCUCCCUUAGCACCUGCCUCCGCCUACCGCAUGAACUCCCAGCGCCCCCUUACGCCAAGCGAACAUGCUGCGCGGGCUAGCUCUUCAAGAACCGGUUCCUCCCAGGCCAGAAUGAGGAGGGGAAGUCAAAGCCAGUUGUCUCGACGAUCCUCAGUGUCGUCUUUCGCGUCUGAGCUAGAGGAGCGUUUCAACAUGGCGCCUCACGCUGGCCCCAUGCCUGGCGGCUAUGGGCCUAAUACGGAUCCGCGCAUGAUCCAGGCGAUUACUCAAACCAUGAUUGGUGAAUUCCUUUGGAAGUACACUCGAAAGACCGGCUCAUCGGAUAUGUCCACAACACGGCACAGACGAUACUUCUGGGUUCACCCAUACACCCGUACUCUGUACUGGAGUACGCAGGACCCACAAACUGCCGGAAAGAGCGAGCUCCAUACCAAGAGUGUGCCUAUUGAGGCUGUUCGAGUGGUCGCCGACGACAACCCGUAUCCUCCCGGUCUUCACUGCAGGAGCUUGGAAGUUGUCAGUCCUGGCCGACGAGUUCGGUUUACGGCUACGACAAGCCAGAGGCACGAGACAUGGUUUAACGCGUUGUCUUACCUUCUUUUAAGGGAGACCAACGACAACUGUGAGGAAAAUAACGGCGUAACCCUCGACGAUAUCAACGAGUUCAACCCCCCUAGCUUCCGGUCUAGUUCUCGUCAGACAGCACGAAUGUCGUUCUCUUCUUACAAUAGCCGCACCGCUCGCCAAGUAUCUAAGCAACAGCGGCGAGCGGCCUCGGCGAUGUCCAUGCGGUCUUCCGGGACUCUCGGUGGGCGUGCAUCACCGGCGCUCAGCUCACCUAUGCCAAACUCGUCAUUACAAGUUCCCGAUGAUCGCCAACGUUCUUCCUCGAGGCUUAGUACCAUCUCUAGUUCGAUUCGGGGAUCCAUCGCAAGCUUGAAGGGACGGCACGGUCAAUCCCCUAGUGUCCACAACGAAAGUCUUCAUGGCCAAGGAAGUGCCGACGACCUGGGACAUGUGGCCGAAACCCAGGAUCAAGACCGACUCGAGAAUGUCCGCGCCUGUUGCGAUGGAAAACACGAUGUUGGCUCUCUUUCUCGCACCAGUCGGUACAGUCCGAGGGUCAACCGCAUCCACUCACCCCACCAUCACUGA